AUGGAGCUGAUAGACCCUGUCAUUCCCUCCUCAGAUUAUGAAGUGCAACAGGGGCUGCGUUUACUUGAAGCCCCGAUUCACGUGUUUGCAGAGACAGCCGCAGAACGUCGUUACCGUUUGCUCAAACUGAUGAUUGAGGGCGGUUACAGAAGUCUUGAGGAAAUUCGUAAUAAACGGCUCAUGGCCCCCGCAUCACUGCCUCUUUCGCAGGGUGGAAGAAGGGGUCAUAAUGCGUCGUCUCUCCCAUUUGUUUCUGUGAGAACCAAGGAGGAGUUUUCGCUGGCAUCACCGGCGCUGGUAGAGCGGCGCCGGGCAUUGCUGCCAUUGACAAUGACACGUGCAGAACGUCGUAUUGCAAAUCUAAAGGAGGUGUUUGUGGCAUCUUCAGCCGUAGUUCGACCCACCCAUCAGACGGCAGUGAAUCAAUUGAGACGUAUGCGUCUGACAAAGUCCGUCCGCAAUGUCAAGAUGGGGUAUGGGAGUGGCAGUAAUGGUGGGAAUGCGUCAUCUUCACUCGUGGGGACUCUUUGUAUGCCGCUCACAUCAUGCGCCGCUGUGCCCAUGUUGCCGCACACCGUCAUCACCGGCGCAGCUGACGGCGUCGUGACCCUUUGGAAUACGGAUGCUUGUCAGCCGCUUGUGAGUGUCUCUAGCUGCGACAGCGGUUGGGGACAGGUCCGGCACCUCGCUGUGCAUCCGGCAGCACCCCUGGUUUUUUCCACCACCAUGUUUGACUACACCAUUGCCGUGUGGCGUAUUACAGGGGAGUCGUUUGUUGAUGGAGAUGAUAAUAAGACUAAUAACACCGUGGUGAGUGCCAGCAGCGUGAAACAUUCUGCUCGUGUUGGUCUUGAGCGUGUAGAUAGAAGUGAGGAACAGCAUAGUGCAUGCAUUCAGCGCCUUGCUGUGGAUCCUACAGGCUCAUUACUUGCCUCUACAAGUGAUGAUUCCACUGUGUGCCUCUGGGAUGCUGCUGCCUUUUUGCCCGCGGGGAAACUGCGGCAUCUGUUGAAGCAAGAUGGAUAUGAAGCGGCGUGCGGGACCCUUGAUGUCUGCUUCCAUCCCGAUGGCUCACUCCUCUCCACAACAGACAAGGCAGGCCGUGUGGUAACAUGGGAUGUAAGAAGUGGAAUGGAGGCUUUUACAACGGCGGGAAAAUAUGGUGGUCAUUUAAACGCCUGCACUUGUGUUUCAUGGUCGCCUUGUGGAGUCCGUUUUGCAUCUGGGGGUGCUGACAAUGUUGUGCACCUGUGGGACGCACGAUAUUUGUCACGCGGAGCGGCAGAGGCACCGUGCAUCUUGGUAGGACACGAGGACGUCGUUACGUCCGUGUCGUUUUGUGCCAACCCUGUCUUUUCUGUUCUUCCCUCCGCCGUUAUUUCGACAUCGCUGGAUGGCAGCGUCCGACUGUGGGACACAGACACCGCGGGUGUGUGUCUGCAUGUGCUCCAUGGCCCCUUCCCCGUGCGAGCGCAAUGCCGUCCAGCUGGUGGUACGGGGAGUGCAGUGCUGACCGUAGCGCAUGGAAAGUAUUGGUCCAUGUGGGACAUUAUCGCGGAUGGUGAGGAGGUUGAGGUGAUUCCCACGGAAACGGAGGCGACGUCGACCAUGGCAGCCGCCCUUCUGCGGCACGGCGUCGUGCCAGAGGAGGAUGAGGAUGAGGAGGAAGAUGAAAUGAUGGCUCUGCGUAAUGAGGGUAAAAUGGCAGCAAACGAUCCCGAGGUGUCAUCGUUGAGUGACAACAACAUGGAUGAUGACGAUGACGACGAGAUGAGUUUCCUGAAGAAGAAAUGA